AUAGGGUAGAGUGGGGUUAACUGAACAGGUAGGUUAACUGAACACAUCGAUGUUCCUGCCAUCUAGUAAUGAUAAAUUAAACUUGAUUUUGCCUGAAAGCGUCUUUUGUUACGUGUGUUGACACUGUUCGGUGCAGAUUUCUUUUAAGUCGGUUCUAAUUUCGUAAAUCAGCAAACAUAUUUUUAAUGGCCGCCACGUAAAAUUUGUGCUCCCAAGUUUUUUUGUGUUACAGUUAGCAAAAUAGAGUUUUUAAAUUGGUUUGACGUAUAUUUUGUUCCAAAUAUGCCAAGAAAAAGACUACGUACUACCAAUAACAGAUCAUAUAGUGUAGCAGAUCUUAGACAAGCAUGUGAAGAAGUCCUGACACAUGGUCGAACAACUCGAAGUGUUGCACUUCAGUUUAAAAUCCCAAGAAUUACUUUAAAAAGGUAUGUCGAUAAAUGUCGGGAAAAAAACAACUUGGAUAUAAAUUUUCGCCCCAACAACGAACAUCUUUUGGCUUUUAGUCCCGAUGAAGAAUUACUUCUUAAAAAAUACUUAGAGCAUGCAUCUAACAUUCAGUAUGGCUUGUCUUCUAAACAAGCUCGUAUUCUAGCUUACGAGUUUGCGGUGGCCAAUGGCAAAACCAUAAAAGAAAGUUGGUCCCGAGAAGCAAUGGCAGGCAAAGAGUGGAUGUUUAGAUUUAUGAACAGGCACAACUUUUCGUUGAGGACGCCAGAACAAACAAGCUUAAGUAGGGCAACCAGUUUUAAUAAGACAAAUGUGGAGGCAUUUUUUUAAAAUUUUAGAGAGAUUAAAGAGAGAUAUAAUUUGCAAUCUAAUGAUAUAUACAAUCUAGAUGAAUCCGGUGUAACCACAGUCCAUAAACCUCCUAAGGUUCUUGCAAUUAAAGGAAAAAGAAAUGUAGGCCAGAUGACGUCGGCUGAAAGAGGGACGCUCGUAACUGUUGUAGGAAUUAUUGGAGCUACAGGACGAUAUGUUCCUCCUUUUUUAAUAUUUCCCCGAGUACACUUUAAAGAAAAUAUGCUCCAUGGAACUCCAGCUGGCUCUAAGGGUGGAGCUUCGCCUUCUGGAUGGAUGAACAGUC